AUGGCAGCAGCAUUCAACCCGCCCUCACCCACCCUCCCCGGCAAACCCUUCGUGCCAGAAUGGAACCCUCCCCCAGUCACCAAGCAAACAGAAGGCUUCGCAACACUCAAGUCCAUCGAUCUCUCUCUCCUUGACUCUGAGGACCCCGCCGUCGUCGACAACCUCAUCCAGCAAGUCAAAAUCGCCAUCCGCGACGACGGCUUCCUCUUCCUCGAGAACUACGGCGUCUCGCUGGAGCAGCUGCACCGCCAGUUUGCCCUCGCGCAGUACCUGUACAACAACAUCAGCGAGGAAGAUAAAGAGCGUCUCCUCUUUGACCCUGAUACCGGCCGAUGGUCAGGUUACAAGCAUCCCUACGGCUUCAAGCGCCACCGCGGUCCUAUCGACGGAAUCGAACAAUUCAACUGGUACAACCGCGAAUGGAACGACAUAACACGCAUCCCAAGCUGCCUGCACCCCUUCAUGGAUGAAAUCCGGUCCUUCUGCAGCUAUCUCACGGACUCGGUAAACCGACGGCUCCUGACCCUCUUCUCACGCGUCCUCGAACUCCCAGACGCCCACCUCUGGGAAAACGUGCAAUCCCACGGCUCCCCAACAGGCGAAGGCUACUUCCGCCACGCCCUCUUCCGACCAGUCCAGAAACAAACCGAGCAGGCGUCCAAGGGCCUGCGCAUGCACGGGCAUACCGAUUUCGGACUCACAACACUCCUCUUCUCCGUGCCGAUUAGCUGUCUCCAGAUCUGGGGGAGGGAUGAGAAGUGGUACUAUGUGCCGUAUAAGCCCGGGGCGUUGGUGGUGAAUAUCGGGGAUACGCUGGAGAUUGUCUCCGGGGGCCAUUUCAAGGCCACCAGGCAUAGGGUUUAUAAACCGCCGGCGGAUCAGGUGGAGUUUGAACGGCUCUCGCUUGUGCUGUUUAAUAGUUCGCUUGGGGAGUUGAGGAUGCAGCCUGCUUAUGAAUCCCCCCUCAUCCAGCGGGAAGGAUGCGUCGAAGAGCAAGGCGUGUACAAGGAGUUCAAGCGCCUCACUGAGCAAGGCCAGCUCGUCCCCUCGAAUCGCGAGUGGCGUGAGAUCCAGAUUGCCACGGCGACGGACCCUACAGAUACCGUGCAGAACCGGGUUGGGGCGCACCAGGUUGUCAUUGAUGGGAAGGUGAUGCAUCAGAGGGAGUACAUGGGGGUGAAGGUUGUUUUGCCUGUUUAA